AUGCCUUCGCGGGCGGAGGAGUUGCAGGCGCUCCUGCAGUACAUGGCGCCCGGCAGCACCGUUGACGACAUCGUUGGCGACGGCGAUAGCGGUGACGAGGCGUCGACGUACGACAUUGUGCAGGGGAAGCACGCGACGACGUCGCGUGUGGUGAUGGGGGCUGCGCCUGGCAGCAAUGCACAGCGGGAGGCGACGUCGCUGAGCAAAAUGCAGCCGUCGCAGCACACCACUGCCCACGCGAGUGUUCUGCGUCGCAUACGCGUGGAUGAUUUCUACGCGGAUGUCUCUUCUUUUGCGGGCGGGGGCGGGGGAGCGAGCGCGGCGAAUCAGCGGGUUCUAAACGAACUUCGGGAGAUGACGAUGUCCAACCGCCUGACGACGAUGCAGUCCUCGAGGGAGGUGGACCGGUCGGAGCGUGCGACGGUGGAGAACGUCAUGGACCCCCGGACCCGCCUCAUCCUCUACAAGCUCGUCAACAGUGGGCAGCUGAAGGAGAUCAACGGCUGCGUCUCCACGGGCAAGGAGGCCAAUGUGUACUACGCCGUCGCGGGAGACGGAAGUGCCGCGGCGGUGAAGGUGUUCAAGACCUCGAUUCUUGUGUUUAAGGACCGCGAGAAGUACGUUGCCGGGGAGUUUCGUUUCCAGCGCUACUGCAAGAGCAACCCGCGGAAGAUGGUGCGGACCUGGGCGGAGAAGGAGGCACGGAACUUAAAUCGCCUGCAGGACGGCGGGGUGCUGGCGCCCGCGGUGAAGCUGCUGCGCCAGCACGUGCUCAUCAUGGAGUUCCUCGGCGAGGACGGCUGGCCGGCGCCGCGGCUGAAGGAAGUCCGCUUCCCGUCCGCCAGCGCCCUCGACCGAUGUUAUUUGGACGUCUGCUGCGCCUUGCGGAAGAUGUACGGCCGCUGCCGACUAGUCCACGGCGAUCUCUCGGAGUACAACCUGCUCUUUUAUAGGGGCCGCGUGGUCGUGAUUGACGUCUCGCAGUCCGUGGAGUGCGACCACCCGCACGCGAUGGACUUUUUGCGGCGCGAUAUCGUGAACGUGAACACCUUCUUUCGCUCCAAGGGCCACCAGCAGCUCUUCCCCCCGCAGGAGUUGUUCCGCUUCAUCACCGCCGCCCCCGCCCCGGGCGGCUGGCAGCGCUGCGACGGCCCCGACAACGCGGAGGAGAUCCGGCAGCACCUGCUCGAGCUCCGCGCGGGCGCCGCCGCGUCUGGGAGCGCGGAGCAGGCGGAGGUGGACGAGCAGGUUUUCCUGAACAUCACCGUCCCGCGCACGCUCGGCGAGGUCGCGGAGCACAAGGCGGUGAACGCGGAGCUCGCCCCGUUCGUCGCCGAGCUGACGGCGUCCCCCGCCGCGCAGGAGGAGCCCGACGACGACGACGAGGAGGAGGAGGAGGAGGACGAUGAGGCGGGGAGCGACGCGAGUAGCGGCGGCGGGGACGCGCAGGGGACGCCGCCGCGGCCACCGCCCCGUACGAUCGCCGGCAUGACGAAGGAGGAACGGAAGGAGUAUCACAAGUCCGUGAAGGAGGCGAACCGCGAGCGUCGGGCAAAUAAGAAGAAAAACAAGAAUGACAAAAAAGAAGAAGCAAAAGUAGCAAGUCACGCAACGGAGGGCGAGAGACGAAAAAAAAAGAAACAACAAACAACAAACAAAAAAACAUAA